AUGCUGCGAAGUCUCGAGGAGGAGGGCGACAGGCUGCGUCUACAUCUGAGUGGCUUGAACAAAACCCUUGAUGCUCACGACUCAGACGACCUACCCUCUCUUCUGGUUGGUCUUCUUGAAAUUCCGCAGAAUCUCGAGCAGAUCAUGAGCACAUCGUUUCAACUCUCGGAGCCCGUGGUUGAGUCAUGCCUGGUCCCUGACGCUCCAGGACCAAUGGCCAUAGACGGUGAGGAAGAUGAAUUGUCGCAAUUGCCUCCAAACGCGGGCAUAACACUCGCUGAAUGGGACGUCGAGUCUCUGGCUGACGAUCGGCACCCAGAGUUACCUCUUGAAGAUGAAGAUGAAGGGUCCUCGCAACUCUUCAGAACGUUCUUGAAUACUGACGCAUACCUUGGACGAGUCGAGCUUUGA